GGGACUUUUUAAACACACUUUAGUUGACAGAGAAAGUCCUGCUGUGUUGAAGUGAUGCACAUUGGAUAAAGGCUUAGUUGACGUGCAUAUAGGCUAUUUGCUGUGUAAACUGACUCCAAAUCAUCCGUGCGUAAAAGUUUGGCAACCGUUUUUUGGAUAAUGUGGCAGUGCUGCUGUUUGGUGCUCGUGGGCUUGGUGGUGGUGGUGAGCGCGCAGUUCCCCAGAGAGUGCGUGACACCUGAUGGACUGAGGAGCGGUCAGUGUUGCCCGUCGCCCUCCGGACUCAACGACGACCCGUGCGGCUCCAGCGCUGGCCGCGGACAGUGCGUGUCCAUCACGGCGGACGCGCGGCCGCAUGGUCCGCAGUACCCGCACGACGGACGGGACGACCGGGAACGGUGGCCGGUGCGGUACUUCAACCGCACCUGUCAGUGUAACGGGAACUUCAGCGGGUACAACUGCGGCCGCUGCAGACACGGAUGGACCGGGCCCAGCUGCGACCAGAGAGUCUCUGUUGUAAGAAGAAACGUGAUGCAGCUCAGCGCGGACGAGAAGCGUGCGUUCGUGAGCGCGCUGGAUCAGGCCAAGCGCACGGUGCACCCGGACCUGGUGAUUGCAACGCGGCGCCACGUAGAGAUCCUCGGGCCCGACGGGAACACCGCGCAGUUUGAGAACAUCACCGUCUACAACUACUUCGUGUGGACGCACUACUUCUCCGUCAGCAAGACGUUCCUGGGCGCGGGCCAGGCCAGCUUCGGGGGCGUGGACUUCUCGCACGAGGGGCCCGGGUUCGUCACGUGGCACCGGUUCCACCUGUUGCAGCUGGAGCGAGACAUGCAGGACAUGCUGCAAGACCCGUCCUUCGCCCUUCCCUACUGGAACUUUGCCAUCGGUGGAAGCACGUGUGACAUCUGCACGGACGACCUGAUGGGAGCCAGGAGCAGCUUCGACAUGAACUCCCUCAGCACCAACUCUAUCUUCUCCCAGUGGAGGGUCAUAUGUGAGAGCGUAGAGGAUUACGACACACUGGGAACCAUCUGCAACAACACUGAGAGUUCUCCCAUCAGAAGGAACCCAGGAGGAAACGUCAACAGGCCGAUGGUCCAGCGUCUCCCAGAGCCCCAGGAUAUAGCAGACUGUCUGCAGGUGAACGCUUUUGACACACCGCCCUACUACUCCACCUCCUCCGAAAGCUUCAGAAACACAAUUGAAGGCUACAGCGCCCCCAAGGGGAACUAUGACCCCGUGGUGAGGAGCCUCCAUAACCUGGCCCAUCUGUUCCUGAAUGGGACAGGAGGACAGACUCACCUCUCGCCCAACGACCCCAUCUUCGUCCUGCUCCACACCUACACUGACGCUAUAUUUGACGAAUGGCUGAGGAGACACAGUCCAGAUUCGUCUCUGUAUCCUGAAGAAAAUGCCCCCAUUGGUCACAACAGGGGCUUCAACAUGGUGCCUUUCUGGCCUCCAGUGACUAACGCUGAGAUGUUUUUGACCGCCCCUGAAAAUCUUGGUUACUCUUAUGAAGCUGAAUGGCCAGGUCAAGCUUUCACUCUGACUGAAAUCAUCACCAUGGCAAUAGUAGCCGCCCUUGUGCUCGUCGCAGUCAUUUUCGCCGCCUCAUGUGCAUUGCGUGCCAGGUCUUACAAGAUGGAGGGCCACCAGCCUCUGCUCGGAGAUCAGUACCAGCGCUACGACGACAACAAAAGCCAAUCUGUAGUCUAGGUUCGGUGUUGGAACAUGAGCCUCUCUCUCUUCUCUUUACUUUUACAGUGACACAGCAGUGCAGUUCGUUAACGCCUGGAUCUGUUCUCACUGGUGUAGACUCUCGAAUGCUACAACGUGAUAGGAAGUAAACCUUUGGCGGCAUUCAUGUCCCUUUAACAAAGCUGGUGUAGUUAAUGUUUCUUUACAAAUAGUACAGAUGUGGAGCAAUAAUUGAAGAUGUGUUUUUUAGAAUGGAAAGAGUUUUGCAAAGAUUGCAAUGGUCCAGUCUUUGAAAUGUUCAGAUUUUGGCCACAUUUGAAAAUGUGUUCAAAUGAAGAGAACAUGGACAACUGAAGUGUUGGUGUAAUAAUGAUGCCACCAGGUGGUGCUGGACUGUGAUUCUGGUCAGGGCUUUUAAAUGGCAUGGCAGUAUCCGCAAUGAGGCCUCCUGUAUUUUAGUGUUUGACAUUGCUCUUAUAAGGUGAUCAGGUGGAAAGAAUGUAGAUUAAAAAAGGAUAUUCAAAAUGUUCUGUAACUUUAUGAACACAGUUAAAAUAAUUAAAACAUACACAUCUACAACUUCUAUCCUGUUUAUAGGCUUUAGAUCAUCAUAGAAGUGAAAUAAUUCUUCUAACAUACAGUGCCCUUGUAGUGGAGCCAUAAUGCCCACAAGGGGGUGCAAUAGUUCAAUUUCUGAAACUCUGCAUGUUCUUGGUAAGAGAUGCUUUGAGGGGUUUGUUUUGUUUUUUUAGUGAUGUAUGAACUGAAGAUAAAUUUAUCAAAAUGACUUGAAAUGUAAUUAAUGAUUGAAGAAAGAGAUAAAAAGAAAAAAGAAACAGAUGUGGUGAUUGAUAAGAAAUGGAGCGAGAUGCAGUGUACUGAGUGAACUGUGUACUCCACCAUAUACAGCUUCUUUUUUUUUUUUAACUAAAUCUAUGUGAAAUAUUCAUUAUUGCUUCUCUGUUUGUACAUUUUGUACUUUUGCCAGAAUGUUGUUGGAUCUGGGUGCAUGCCAAAUUAUUUAUAUGAUUAAAUUGUAAUGCCC